GGCUUCUAAAAUCUAGUGUUUCAGUGCUAAUGAUUUGGAAUUUUUGUUUAAGAAUAAGAAAACAUGGUAGUAUUUGCAUUAACUUUGAUUAGACAUGGUGAAACUGCUCACAAUAAAGAUAAUGUCAUACAAGGUCAAUUAGAUGUUCCAUUAUCCCAAGCAGGACUCAAACAGGCUGAACUUUUGGGUGUACAUUUACAGUACCAGCAGUACAGUCAUGUGUAUGCUAGUGAUCUUGCAAGAGCCAUGCAGACUGCAGAAAGUAUCAUACGACAGAACAAAUCAUUCAAAGCAGCACUGUUGCAUGAUAGAAGACUAAGAGAAAGGAAAUUUGGAAUUGUUGAAGGCAAAAGCUUUAAGUACUUGAAAGAUGCUGCAGAAAAAUCAAAGCUGAACACUGGUCACUAUACUCCUCCUGGUGGAGAAACUAUACAACAGGUUUAUGAAAGAGCAGUUUCUUUUUUCCAUGAUUUAUGUGAAAUGGUUAAAGAGAAAAGUAAAUAUGAAGCAGUAAAAGAAUCUGCUGUUAAUGGAGUUAAUAUGAAAGGGGCAGUAGAAAAUGGAAAAUCAAUGGGUCAGAAAAGAAAAUGGGAAGGCAGUGAAGUAGAAAUGGUUCAAAAUGUAGAGUGCCAAACCAAAAUUAAUAGCAAAAUUUAUGUGACAGAAUCACAAAAAAAGGAAGAUUUAAGUUUUAGUACAAAUCCUGAGCAUGAAAGUUCUGAUAAGAGUGAAAAUAUCUUCAUUGAAAAUGGAAGCGAUAUUUCUCAGCAAAAGGAGGUUAUGCUAAAAGUCAAGAAAGAAGAAAAUUUGGCCCAAAGCAAUUACUGCUGUCGUAGAAAAUAUGAUCAUGAUGAUAGACAAUUUUCAAUCAUGUUUAGUGAUGAUACCAUUCGUUCACAAAUAAUUUCAAGCACAAGUGACUUGCCUAAUAUUGAAUGCCCUAAUGUGUCUUUGUCCCCUUUAGUUGAUCAGAAUUUCAUUGUUUCUUCUGCCUUUUCUAAUUCUUCGCAAGAUGGCGAUGUUCAACAUGAACGGCGAUUAUCUGUCUGUAGUUCAUGUGAUGAUGUAGAUAGUGGUCCUACCCUUGUGGCCAAUAUUCUUGUAGUGAGUCAUGGUGGUUGGCUUCGUGAAUUGUUUCGCCAUUUUGUUGAAGAUUUGGAGUGUUCAGUGCCUGGUGGUAAAAAGCAAGCUCUUCGCAUCAGCCCAAAUGCAGGAUUAUCGAAAUUUACUGUGUCUUUGGAAGAGCAUGAUCGCCAUCCAAAAAUUAUAUGUCUCCAAAUUCAUGAUAAGCAGCAUUUAAUACCAUCAUAUUCUGUCAACACACUCAAUACUAAUGUACUCAACCCUAAUGAGGUUGCACUUUAAUUACCUCAUUUGUGAAUAAGUACUUGGAUGUAAUCAAAAAUAUGCAGUUGACUGCAAAAUUGGGUGUGUUGUAGGUUGAUAGAUUUAUACUGUUACUUACUUGGUAAAAAGAUGUUAAUCUUUGUGUGUUUUUUAUUGUAAAUAUCAUAAUGAUAGUUUUAACUUAAUGCACAUUCACAUA